UCAAACACAAAGCCGAAGCGAAGGUGCUAAUGCGCAAACGACUCAGUAUUGUCGGAAAUGCUGCAACACGCCACAUUGAAAACUUACCCGCUUCCAAACAUCAACGAAACAAUUUCUUAAUUUCCUGUUAUCCGUAAACAAGUAUAAUGAAUGAUAUGAAAUCUCCUCAAUCAGAAAAUGGAUCCUUUUCUGAUGGUACAUUUAAUCAACAAAAUUCAGAAAACAGCGACAAGAACGAGUCAAAAUCUCCAAAGUCUGUGGGAAGUAAAGAAAUUGGAUUUUUCUCUAUGUCACCAUUACAAAAAUUUUUUUUUAUAUUUUCGCUGUUAUUGUCAGUUUUAUAUGUAAUAGUGUUUGCUUGGCUAAUACCAUGUCAAAAUAUCCAGUCUGAUUCUUUUAAUAACAGCAGUAUUGAAGUUGUGGAUAAAUGGAAAUUAAAUCUUGAAGGCCUUAGUAUGACGUCAAAUCUUGAAGUAUUAAGAAAAUCCAAAUUAAAUGAGGAUUUCGCGAUAUUUGGUUACAGCACAACUACAGAUCAAACAAAGAAAUUUGGAUUAAUUGCUUUAAGUGCUAGCGAUGGAAAAAUAUUUUGGCAGCGAUCAACGUCAUUUGUUCCAAAAUAUUGUAAAUGUGAUUCUCUCGAUGUAAAUUUAGAUAGUGUUAUGGACUGCAUAGUAAUUGGAGAAAAUGGAUAUAUCAGUGUAAUUAAUGCAACUGAUGGUAAGUUUGUUAUUUUUAUUUUUAUUCACAAUAAAAUUUCUUUUUAAGUGAAUCGAAUUAUU